AUGCCUUGCACAUUGGAUUACACUUUUGUUAAAGAAAGUUCCUGGAAACCUGACUUAUUUCAAGGGAAAGUUGUCUUUAUUACAGGUGGAUCAGGUACCAUUUGUAGAGUGCAAGCAGAGGCUUUAGUGUUAUUAGGUUGUAAAGCUGCCAUAAUUGGGAGAGACAAAGAAAAAUUGAAUGAAACAUCUCAAGAACUAUGUAGUUUGGUUAACGACAAGGAAAGGUGUCUCGCUAUCCCAAAUGUUGAUGUUAGAGAAUAUAACGAUUUAGAAAAUGCUGUGAAUCUAACAUUGAAAAAAUUUGGUAGAAUCGAUUUUGUUAUUGCAGGUGCAGCAGGUAAUUUCAUCUGUGAUUUUAUGAACUUAAGUCCUAAUGCAUUUAAAUCAGUAGUGAGUAUAGAUCUUCUAGGUUCUUUUAAUACUGUUAAAGCAGUAACUCCGGCAUUGCUAAAAUCUAAAGGAUCCAUCCUAUUCGUAUCUGCCACUUUCCAUUACUACGGUGUACCAUUCCAAGGUCCUGUUGGUGCAGCUAAAGCAGGAAUAGACGCUUUGUCUAAUAAUCUUGCUGUGGAAUUGGCUCCUUUUGGAAUUCGUUCUAAUUGUAUUGCUCCUGGUGCAAUCGAUGAUACUGAGGGAUUUAAGAGAUUAUCUAAACCAGAGUUAGUUGAAAGUGUUAAAAAAAUGAUUCCUUUACAACGUCUGGGUACCAAAAGGGACAUUGCAGAGGCUACUGUGUUUAUGUUUUCCCCAGCGGCUAAUUAUAUAAACGGCCAUGUUAUGGUGGUUGAUGGUGGUAUGUGGCACACUGGAACUCUAUUCACAAAGGAGUUAUACCCACAUGAAAUAAUAAAGAAUGCAGAAAAAGUGAUAUCGAAGUUGUGA